AUGGAAAAAAUCUAUUCCAAUAUUCAGCAAAUUUUCGGCACCGUUUCUAUAGUCACAAAUUCAUUUUUGGCAUAUUUAAUUCUUACGAAAUCACCGCUAAAAUUAGGUACUUAUAAGUGGUUGAUGCUUUAUACAACUUUUUUUGAACUUAUUUACGCCAGUUUGACAUUUUUUGUGACACCGACCCAAAGAAACCACGAAUCCGUUAACAUCGUUUUCCAAGACAUGGAUGGAAUCUGGUUCAAUCAUCAGACCGCUCAAAUAUUUUUGUUGAUCUACCUAACAUGUUUUGGAUCUUCUAUGGCUCUAUUCGCUGUACAUUUCAUCUAUAGAUAUGGAGCAGUGAAUAAGGAUUUCCAAAAAUCGUAUUUAUCUGGAGCAAAAUUAGCAAUCUUGUAUUUUUGUCCGGUGAUUAGUGGAGUUUUUUGGGGUAUCACUUGUUGGGUUUUUAUGUCAGAGUCCAGUGAGACAAGUGAUUUCAUGAGGCUAUAUCUGAAACAAAAAUUUAAUUUGGAAAUCGACCAAUGUGUUUAUGUUGCCUUAUAUUUUUGGAGAUCUGGUCCAGAUGGAAAAGUUCAUCCAGACAUUUUUUCGUUUAUUGGUGUAGGAAUACUGUACCUGAUUUUGGGUUUCUCAUUAUUCUGUGUCCUCUACUUUGGCAUUAAUUGCUAUCUUUGGAUUUCCAGAAAACUCGGUUCUCUAGAAAAUCAAUCCCCAGCUACAAAAUCUCAUCAAACUCAAUUAUUUUAUGCUCUUCUGAUACAAGCAUUGAUCCCAUUUGUGCUCAUGUAUCUUCCAGCUACUCUCGUUUUCACAUUUCCCAUGAUAAAUUUGGAUUUUGACCUAAAGUAUCCAUUUAUGGAGAUCACAAUUGCACUGUAUCCAGCUAUCGACCCAUUUCCAACAAUUUUGAUCAUAAAACAUUAUCGAAUGGCUUUUAUUCGAAUUUUAAAGUGUAAUCGGAGCAAUCAAAUUUACUCUCAUGGCACGUCGGCAGUUCCGAAGAACCUGAGCAAUGUUGUUAAUUGA